UAACCUUGGAAAGGACAUUUUUAUAUUUAUCGUACAAAUAUCUUCCCUUAGCGGGAUUCGAACCCGCGACCCCCUUGUGUAGUGACCAUGUCACUUACCACUAUACCAGACGGACGUAAAUGUAAUAUUUAUCUAAGGCUAACACUCCUGGAAUCAAACACGGAUUCCAUGGCUUCACGCACCCACAUAAUUCAUUAAAACUAUUCGAUUUUAGACAAAAACAUCCUCCUGUAUAUAACACCGAUGGCACGAUGCGACCAAGACAGCUUAUUCUACAGGGUGCUCUGCGUGAGUUUGUUGCUGUUGACUUUGACGUUUGUUGUCAUUUUGACAAAUGUCUUCGUCGAUAUCGACGGACUGGUGGUAAGGAAAAAAGAAAAUGAAAGAAUCAGCAGUAUUGUUCAGGAUUACGAUGAUACUAAGUCAAUCUCUACCACGACCAGUCCUGUUGAAGAUAUAGACUACAAUAUGUAUGAUGAUAUCGACAGAACCAAGAGGUCUCUAGUUUCAGAAACGGAAAAUCUACGAUUUCAAAUAAGGAAUCCUAAAAUAAAAGACGUUAUUACAAGAAGAUUGGCGGCUUUGUUGAACGAAUUAGACCCUGAAGAUGUUACUGAACGUACUAAAGAGAGAGUCAAUGAAACCGAAGCUAUUGAGACAAUUAGAGAAAAUCAACGAAAGGAACGGGUCGAGAUUCAAAACAAAUUUGAGUUUGACAAAGAGAAUAUGCUACACUUAGCCGUACAUAAUGUCCUACUGAACGGGUUUCUGAAGCACAAGGAUCUGAAUGAAGUGUUUCAGGAAAUACGUGACGUGAUGAGUAAAAUGGCACGAGUCGGCGUUUAUGAGAGAGACGGCACAAAAUCGCGUAACCCGAAUGAUAAUUUUAAUGUGUCGCCUGUACAAGACAUUUCAAGGUAUGAAGAGAAAGAACUCCUAAAUGAAAUGAUGAACUGUAAAGAUUUGAAGAAGGACGUAUCUGAUCAACUGGAGUUUGACGGUAGACGUAAAACUGAGAAAGACCCCAAGAUGCUGAUAAAGACAGUUAUAGACAUAACGUCCUUAGGAAACAAUAAAUUGAAGAAUCACAGCGAUGCAAAUUCCAGAGAAAACAUCAAAGGAUCAGUUAAAAUGAUUUAUAACGGAAAAUCGGUUCGAUUCAUUAACUCUGACAGCAACAAUGACAGCAAAGAGCGGACAACGGCUAAUCCGAUAAACGAACAUCUGAGAUUACGCGAGUUUGACGUGAAAUCAAAAGACGUGAACAUGGCUAGGCUUUUGAAUGAAUAUUUAGAGGAGCGAUUAAGAAACAAAGACGAUAAAAUUACACUCAAUAACAACAGAAGAUCGAAAAGAAGCAUCAGAAUUAGGUACACCGACAAUUCCAAAAGUAAACCGAGUAAUCAUUCGUCAAUGGACGACAGCAACAACGACUUAUACGUCGAAAUAGAAACUGAUUUAAAUAGCAAUGACGUUAAAGGCAAGCGGAAACGGAAAUUGAUUAAAGACUUGAUAAAAAGAAUACAGAUGGCGAUACAUUCGAACUCGAUAGAUUCGGAUGACAAUGAAAAGAAAAAAUCGAAACAUUUGAACGUUAAAAAGCGCGUCCAAAAUCCUUUGGUACACAAAAACAAAGUGACGCGUAGUAAACCGGACCCUAAGAAGGCUGUGCACAGAAAACUGGAUCCGCUUAAUAAAGCUAUCCCGAAUAAUGAGGAAUCUCCGUACAUUCACGACAGAUCGGGCGAAUCAUGGAAAAAUAAAUAUACAGGCCCGAGAUUUUUAACCGGAUCCAAAGCUAUAAAUUCGGCAGAGUUAAACGAAGUCGAAAUAGAUUAUAAUAAGGUAUUAAACUUUAACGGGAUCCCGCAAAGAUUGCAGAAGCCUCUAACGACAGGAUCUAGCGCCGAAUUUGUCGGUUCCUUCUUUGAUGUCGGCAAACUCAAGUUCAUAAUCCAAGAAUUAGACGGAAGCGGCCUGGCCGUUGGUUUUAACCAGUAUGUUGAUGAAGCACCAGAUCCCGAAACUAUGAAGGUUUUCACGGGUAUGGAGAGCAUGUUGGAAAGCUAUCACGAAAGCGAAGGUGACCCACAAGAAAAAAAUGAUGAAGGGCAUUUGGAAGAGGAGGUAAAAGACCACGCUAUACAACGUAGAUCUGUCAAGAGUAAAACUUUAAAAAGCGAUCAUCAUUCAAACGAAUACAAAGUGAUUUUUGAGCCAAACUUCUUGCAGUUUAAUACGUAUCACGACGUUUACAACCAGGGCAACAGAGAGGUUAAAGAGACAAAACAAAAACCUCGGCUCUUGGACGAAAGUAUUUUCGAGAGAAAUUUGAAUCCAGCUCAGAUAUUCGGCCUGUCCAGAUUAUUCGAUAGAAGGAAGCGAUCGGUGAACGUUAAAAAAAUAUCUAAUCUAAAAAAUAAAGUCAAACUGAGCAGAUUUUUGAAUACAAGAUCUAAUAAAAAAAAGAUUUACAUUAACAAGAAAAGGAAUAAGAGAGAUGUCAGCAAAAUAAGAGUCAUAGCUGGCGAUCCAUUCGCUUCUUCUAGAUAUUCGGAUGAAAAUAUAUUUGUGGUUUCCGAUGAGAAUCUUUUCGCUGACAGAGCACUGAUAAGAGAUUCGGAGAGACGUAACAACGACCAGCUAAUUCAAGAGCAUUAUGAUCUACUGACUCCACUCGCAUACGAAGCAUCUUCGAAUCCCUACGUUAAGCUAUUCGAAGGGAUAUCAAGACAGAACGCCUUAAUGUCUAAAUACCCCCACAUUUUUCUUGAAGACAACAACAAAUCUAAGGAGAGAAAAGACAUUAUUGUCAAUCCGUUCAUAAACAAAUUCUUUAGUCGGAGAUCUGAUAGAGAAAGUGAUGCUACUACAAAACCAGUGCAUAAUGUUAAUUUGAAUACCCAAGACACGGAUAAGCAGAAUUACAAAGUUAGCGUUAAGAUAAUGCCGAAAAACGCGACAGAUCUCAACCCUGGAUUCAAAGAAAUCCACACUAGCAUCAAUAAAAGCUUUCACAAGAACGGCCUCUUAUUUUCAUCGUUGGUUAACGUGACGGAAAUCUCCAAAGUUAUUGCGAUAAACAAUACAAAAAACAACUCUUUCGAAGAUCAACAUUCCGUUCAAAAUGAUGCAUCGAGAAGUAGCUUCAAAGGCGUAAAAGAAGAAGGAACUAAAGAUGAUUUCAUUGAUUUAACAUUACCUUUUGAUUCUCGGAAAACAAUGAGAGUGCGCAAAGACGAGUUCGCGAAGCUAAUGGCAGCGUCUCUGGUUAAAUUGCAGGAGGAGAAAAGUCUUGUGACGUCGGAAGCGACAACUACUGUAACAUCUACAACGCAGGCCAUCAAAAUAAGCAACGCUCCAAAGAAAGGGAACAGCGAUUUUUUGACAGGGGAAAUUAUUAAGAAGAUCGAUAGAAACACAGGUUUAUUACAGACGUUCCUAGAAAAAGUAUUGGAUAAAUUCGAAAACCUGCCCAAAGUAUUGCGAACAGACGUCAACCCUAGACGAUAUGAAUUGGAAGAGUUCCAGAGAGCUCCCGAAUUAUUUACUAGAGAAUUACCGAAGAUCGAAGUGACCAAUAACAGUCAUGUCCUACCAUUCGUUUAUGCCUACCAACAGCCUUACUUCGCAUCCAAUAAAGCUCAAAAUAAUGUGGCAAAUGUCCUUUACCAUGGUCACAUACACACUAACACCAUUAAUGGAAGGCAAACCGUCUUCUGUAAUGGCAGAGAAGUCAACGCUAAAAACACUGGCAAUAACAGCGUCAAGAGACAAAUAAACCAAACCAAAUUCUUUAUAGACGAUCUAGAAAAUGAUGGUAUGAAGUAUAAAGUUUCCGAGCAGAAAACAACAAAGUUUCCUAUUUUGCUUAAUGCGACUAACGUUUCGUAAUGACGUUCUCGAAUAACUAACUCUGUAAUUAAAAUGGCGUUCAAUUAAAAAAUGAUAUUUUACCUA